UCCUCUGCUUGCCCUCUAGUCCCUGGGAGUGUGGGCAGGGCUGUCUCGGGGCUUCCGUGGGCCAGGCCUCCCCUACUCCGGGAGGAAAACGCAGGGGAAGCCCCCGGUCCGUGCAGGCCCUGAAGAGGAGCCCGGGCGGGGCCCCGGUGCGUUGUCCCUGUCGCCGUCUGUGUCCGGAGCAGCAGCCCGCGCCCGCCCGCUCGGCGCCCUGGGCCCCCCGCCCCGGGCCGGAGGGGCCCCACCCUGCCGGGCGUAGACGAACACGGGCCGGGGACACACGGAGCAGCCGUCGCAGGGUCUCGUCACGGCCUCCAGCGCCCCAGCCCCGGGGAAUGCAGUGGCCCCCGGCCCCUGGAACCUCUCCGUGUCUGGGCUGGACCUCCUCGUUCACCUGCUCCACGGCCACGACGCUCCUGAGCUGCGCCGGCCGGGCCCCCCUCAUGGCGGCCAAGUGGUUCAAGGAGUUCCCCUUGAACCUGAAGACGGUGUCGGAGCGGGCCAAGCCCGGCGGCGGUGGAGGCGGCAAACUGCGCAAGAACUUGGAGGCGGGCGGCGCGGGGCCCACCCCUGGCAAGGGCCGCAAGAACUCGGCGGCCGAGCUGGGGGGUGGCAGGGCCGGCAUCGGCCCCUCCAAGGACAGCCGGCUGUCCCGGGACAGCCUGCAGGGGCUGAUUCAGGCCGCCGCGGGCAAGAGCCGCAAGAACUCUCGGACCGCCAGCGAGGAGGAGCCGCACCGGGGCGCGGCCAAGAGCUCAGGAUGCAGCACCUACAUCAACAGGCUCAUCAAGGUGGACACUCAGGAGAAGAACGGGAAGAGCAGCUACCCCAGCAGCAGCAGCAGCAGCAGCAGCUCUUCCUCCGCGUCCUCGUCCCCUUCUUCCCCGGGCCCCGACCUGGACAAGGGCAAGAUGAUUAAGCAGCAAGACACGGUCAUCAUUUUAGAAGACUAUGCUGAUCCGUAUGAUGCCAAACGGACCAGAGGUCAGAGGGAGGCGGAGAGAGCAGGGGAGAAUGACGGCUACAUGGAGCCCUACGACGCCCAGCAGAUGAUAACAGAAAUUAGACGCCGAGGUUCCAAAGACCCCCUGGUGAAGGCCCUUCAGCUGCUCGACAGUCCCUGUGAUCCAGGGGAGACGGGCGCAAAGCCCGAGGCGCUGGCCAAGAGACGGAGCUCCAGGGACCUGCUGGGGAAGCCGCCGCAGCUGUACGACACGCCCUACGAGCCUGCUGAUGGGGGUCCCGAGCGGAAGGCGCGGCCCCCAGAUGCCCACGGCCGGCUGCCCGAGGACGACGAGCGGCCCGCUGCCGAGUACGAGCAGCCGUGGGAGUGGAAGAAGGAGCAGAUCGUGCGCGCGCUUUCAGUUCAGUUUGAAGGCUCUGAGCGACCUUCCACAAAGGAGGAGCCAGUGCGGCAGCACCACCGCCAGAAGAGCUGGACCCCGAAGAUCCUGAAGCCAGCCCUCUCUGACCACAGUGAGGGGGAGCGAGUGGACCCUGCCCUGCCGCUGGAGAAGCAGCCUUGGUAUCAUGGUGCCAUCACCCGUGCUGAGGCUGAGAGUCGACUGCAACCCUGCAAAGAAGCUGGUUACCUGGUUCGGAAUAGCGAAUCGGGGACCAGUAGGUACUCCAUUGCACUGAAGACUAGUCAAGGAUGCGUGCACAUCAUUGUGGCUCAGACCAAAGACAACAAGUACACGCUGAACCAGACCAGCGCGGUCUUUGACAGCAUCCCCGAAGUGGUACACUACUAUUCCAAUGAGAAGUUGCCUUUCAAGGGGGCAGAACACAUGACCUUACUCUACCCCGUGCACAACAAGCUGCACUAAGGUUCAGCUGCCGAAAGCCCUGGCUGGGCCUCUCACACUAAGAGGGUGUCAACAUUCCACAGGCAUCUCAGGGCACAAGGCUGGACUGGGCUGUAAUGAUUAGUAGGAAGUGGAGGCCUUCCUUAAUAAGUCAGAAGGUCUUUGGGCUUGAAUCCAUUCCAUGACACUCGGUUACUGACCUGUCCCUUUUCUCCCUGCUCAGUAGUUCUAUAGGAAGAAAUCAUAACUUA